AGACAGGAUGCGAAAAGACACGUCAAAAACGUCGACGGAGUGAUUUCGAAGAAGCGCUGAAACGGUGCGUUUUACGCGCCUAAAGCAUAUAAAUGGCAGAAUCAGAAAGCAGUUUCAACGAUAUAGAGCAGCUAAAACUAAAAGCUUUAGCAAAAGAUAGAAAUCAAUGGAUUUGCAGAGAGGAUUGCCACUGCUAAUCCAACAAUUCGGUGCACUGUUCAAGAAGAAUUUCCUUCUCUCAUGGCGGAACAAGGGGGCGACGUUUCUUCAACUCUUCUCGUCUCUCUUCUUCAUAUUCCUCAUCUUCUGUAUCGGGAAAGCCAUUCGUUCUCGGUUCUCCUCUUCUACAGAGUAUGAAAACGUCUUUGAUCCUAAGCCUCUGGUCUCUCUUCCGAUUCCUCCUUGCGAGGAUAAAUUCUACACAAAGCUUCCUUGCUUCGACUUUGUUUGGAGCGGUAAUGGAAGCGCUAAGAUCCAGUCUAUUGUCAAUAGAAUCAUGACCAAUAAUCCUGGCCGCCCAAUUCCUUCCGAUAAGGUCAAAUCAUUUAGUACACGUGAUGAAGUGGAUGCAUGGCUAUAUAGUGAUCCAAUGCGUUGCCCAGGAGCGCUGCAUUUUGUAGAAACAAAUGCUACUGUAAUUAGCUAUGGCUUACAAACUAAUUCUACUCCAGUUAGUAAACGAGGGCAUUAUGAAGAUCCCACAUUCAAAUUUCAAAUUCCACUCCAAAUUGUUGCAGAACGUGAAAUGGCUAGGUCUCUAAUUGGAGAUCCAAACUUCAACUGGACUGCUAGAUUUAAGGAAUUUGCACACCCUGCAAUAGAAGAGUUCUCUGUUGUGGCUGUAGUAGGUCCAACAUUUUUCCUUGCAAUUGCCAUGUUUGGUUUUGUUAUCCAAAUUAGUUCCUUGAUCACAGAGAAGGAACUAAAACUUCGCCAGGCAAUGACAAUGAUGGGUCUUUAUGAUUCUGCCUACUGGUUGUCAUGGCUCACAUGGGAGGGAAUUAUCAUACUUAUUGCUUCACUUUUCAUUGUUCUCUUUGGAAUGAUGUUCCAGUUUGAUUUUUUCUUAAACAACAGUUUUUCAGUUGUAUUCCUCUUGUUCUUCCUUUUCCAACUCAAUAUGAUUGGUUAUGCUUUCAUGCUGUCAUCCUUCAUAAGCAAGUCAUCUUCAUCUACAAUUAUUGGUUUUUGCAUUUUUAUCUUCGGAUUUUUUUCACAGGUAAGGUUUCCCCUUAAAUUUAUGGAAUGGAAAUUACACACUCAGUCAUCACUAAUAAAUUCAAUUUGGUCAUUGCAGCUUGUUACAAUAUUUGGAUUUCCCUAUAGUAACAACUUUCCUAAUUUCUAUCGGAUUAUAUGGUCACUAUUCCCUCCUAAUCUUCUUGCUGAAGCUCUAUCAUUGCUUGCUGAUGCAACUUCCACUCCUCAAGAUCCUGGGAUUAGCUGGAGUAAACGAGCAGACUGUGCACCAAAUGAUUUGGAUUGUGUCAUUACAAUUAAUGAUAUCUAUAUAUGGCUCACAGCCACAUUUUUUCUAUGGUUUCUUUUGGCCAUCUACUUCGAUAAUAUAAUCCCAAAUUCAUCGGGUGUGAGGAAAUCUCUAUUUUACUUUUUGAAGCCUGGGUAUUGGACAGGAAGAGGUGGAAACAAGGUGGAAGAGGGUGGCAUUUGUAGUUGCAUAGGUUCUAUUCCAUCUUUGGAGGACAUCACUCCAGAUGAUGAAGAUGUCCUUGAAGAGGAAAACAAAGUAAAACAACAAAGAAGGGAAGGUGUAGCUGAUCCAAAUAUUGCAGUUCAGAUAUGCGGUCUUGCAAAAACAUAUCCUGGGACAACUAAUAUUGGUUGCUGUAAAUGCAAGAAGACUUCGCCUUACCAUGCUCUCAAGGGAUUAUGGGUGAACUUUCCAAAGAAUCAACUAUUUUGUCUCCUUGGACCCAAUGGAGCUGGAAAAACUACUACAAUUAAUUGCUUGACUGGAAUUACCCCAGUCACUGAGGGUGAUGCAUUAAUAUAUGGAUAUUCCAUUCGAAGCUCUGUAGGAAUGUCAAACAUUCGAAGAAUCAUAGGAGUUUGUCCCCAGUUUGACAUUCUCUGGAAUUCUUUGUCUGGUCAAGAGCACCUAGAGCUGUUCUCUAGCAUUAAAGGCCUCCCCCCUUCUUCAGUCAAAUCAGUUGCUCAAAAAUCAUUGGCAGAGGUGAAACUCACCCAAGCAGCCAAAAUGAGAGCUGGGAGUUAUAGUGGAGGAAUGAAACGCCGCCUUAGUGUUGCUAUAGCACUAAUUGGUGAUCCAAAGUUGGUCAUUAUGGAUGAACCGACAACUGGCAUGGACCCGAUAACGAGGAGGCAUGUGUGGGACAUAAUAGAGAAUGCAAAGAAAGGACGUGCCAUUGUCCUAACUACACACUCAAUGGAAGAAGCGGACAUAUUAAGUGACCGCAUUGGAAUCAUGGCAAAGGGUAGGCUUCGUUGCAUUGGGACCUCAAUUAGGUUGAAGUCUCGGUUUGGAACUGGUUUUAUUGCUCAUGUAAGCUUCACUGGAAGCACGAAUGGAAACACUCGCCCCAAUGACGAUGCAGUCACCACACCUUAUCAUGAGGCCGUAAAGCAAUUCUUUAAAUAUCAUUUGGAUAUAGUGCCCAAAGAAGAGAACAAGGCCUUCUUGACUUUUGUCAUUCCCCAUGAUCGAGAAGCACGGUUGACGAAAUUCUUUGGGGAGCUCCAAGAUAGAGAAACAGAAUUUGGAAUAGCAGACAUUCAACUGGGGCUUACAACUCUUGAAGAAGUUUUCUUGAAUAUUGCAAAGAAGGCAGAGCUAGAAAGUGCCGCAGCUGAAGGGAGCAUGGAAUCUCUGACUUUAACAUCCGGCAUAGUGGUUCAGGUACCUGUGGGAGCCAGAUUUGUGGGAAUUCCAGGAACAGAGUCUGCAGAGAAUCCCAGAGGAGUUAUGGUAGAAGUACAAUGGGAACAAGAUGAUACUGGUUCGCUCUGCAUUUCCGAGCACUCGCCUGAGACUCCAGUACCUCCUGGCAUCCCACAGAUGCCUUCUUUGCGUAGAAGGUCAAGGACUGUUCAAGGGGUCGUGAUUGACCCAAAUCAAAUUGUUUCAAAUGAUGAUCGAUGAUAGAUUCUAAUAUUUACACAGGUAAAAAUACCAUGUUUUGUUAUCUCAUACAUUUAAUUGAAGCGUGGCAGCGUUUUGUAAUAAUGUCCUAAAUGUACUGUAUAGCAACUAAAAUAAUGAAAUGCCUGUCAGAAUAACAUCUUUUGAGAAUAAUGCUUUGAUCUUCUGUAUUCUCCUCA